AUGUCUGGUAACACUCCCAACACCCCCUAUCCUCCCCAGAAUGCCUGGCCAUUCUCUUCUGGCACUCCCGCGAUGGUCAAUGCUGGUGCUCCGAAUCCUUCUUUGAACCAGGCCUCGAUAAUCAACGGCAAUGCUCAGGCUCUCACAAACAACCAAGUCCAGUCCAUGCAGCCUUAUGACAAUGGUCAGAGCCAUGUGGGAAUGGAAAACAUGCCCGUCCGAGACCCCUUUGGCUAUUACAAGAUUCCCAUCGGGACCAAUGAUCAGUCCAGCCCUACGAGAAACUAUCAGGCCCAGAUCGUCAACGGCUCGAUUCCGCGUGGCGCGCCACACUCAACCACGGCCUAUGACCGCCAACCUCAAACUCAGUUCAGCAUGCCAGGUUCCAGCAUGGGCGGUCAGGGUUCUGCCCGUCUCAACUCUGCUGCUACCCCCUUCGCUCCUGUUCAGGCUAAUGUCACUCCACAUGGCAAUAUGCCCUUCCCGUCUCCGAUGGGCAUGAUGCAAAACCCUCAGAUGAUGCUUUGGAUGACUCAGAUGGCUCAGAGGGGCAUGAUGCCGACCUCUCUUAUGGCCGAUAUGGGCUUGCAACAGAGCUCCCUGCCCGAGCCUGCUGCCCCAAAGCCCAAGCGCGGUCGACCUGCCAAGCCUGGCAACGCUGCUUCCAAACGCCGUAACAAACCUGUCAACAACAGCGCCGCAGCCAAACUGGCGAAUCGUCUAGAAGUUGUUGCCCAUGGCGUGACACUUCCAUUAGACGUCGCGAAGGAGGUGGACAUGACCCCCCGACCUCAGCCAAAAUACCCAGCUACCGACUUCCUCAAUGCCCAUGAACAAUACCCAAUUGUCCCACGUACCUCUACUACGGGAGGUCUCGCAACUUCAGAAGACCCUACUACAGAGCAGCUGAUCCAUCUUCCAACUCCUCCCCAGAGCUCCCCCACAGUUCAACCUACCCAUCAGCCUCCUUUGACUAAGAACGAGAAGUAUCUUCGCCAAGCUAAGCGAAAUGGCGUCACCCCCCAUCCCAGUAAGCGCCGCGUCGUUCGUAUUGAGCGGAAUGAUCCUCAACUAGAGUACGAUGGAAUGGGAGAACCUAUAACUCCUCCUUCUGACGCGUACUCCAGUGAGUCUUCCCUUACUUCUUCAUUGGCUGAUUCUAACAAGCCAGUUUACUAUGUUCCAACUUCUGAUGCACACAAGAACGAGGAAGUUGACAAAGCUUUGAUUGACCGUUUCGUGGAGGAGCUUCGAGAUGAGAAGGCGGCUGGUAAGCAGGCCAAGCAGGCCAAGAACACGACGCCAACAGGCCAGGUCAAUGUCAGAAAGCAACGCAAACCCACAACAGCCGAUGCUUUUAAGACUGGUGCUACUGACGCUUUCACUACCGGUCAAGAUUUCAUGGAGCAGCCCUUUGCUGCCACUGGCGAAGAGGAUCCAAAUGAGGAGUUUAGGUCGACCUAUGAGGCGCUGAGAAAAUUCCUUGACAUGGACGAAUGCAGCGGCCCCCCCGACAAGCCCUCCGACUCCUGCGACUCCUCCAACACGGCUUCUCUCUUUGACAUCGCCCGGCUUACCCCAGAGCCUAACCAAAUUGCUACCGCCUCGUUCGAAAAUUCUCUGACUGAUCCUGCUUUGUUUGGUGAUCAUCUCGGGGAAUUUGAUAACUACCUGAACAACAAUGGGAAUGUGUCCUUCUUUGACCAUGAGCCUAGCUCAGGAGGAUACGUGCCCAAUUGGGAUGAACCAUUUGCAGACAUGUCCCAGGCCAACUCUACUGGCACAACCAUUACCACUAUUGCUACAACUACUGCAUUCACCGAAAGUACUACCGGCGCCCAAAAGCGCAAGGCGAGCGAUGAUGAAAUUAUUGCGGCAAACAAGAAGACUCGCACUGAAUCAUAG